AUGGCAAACCGGUCCACUCCUGCUCCUCGCGCUGGUGGCGCAAAUAAGACCUGCCAGUUCAAGCUUGUACUUUUGGGUGAAAGCGCCGUUGGAAAGUCGUCAUUGGUCCUACGUUUCGUCAAAGGUCAGUUUCACGAAUACCAGGAAUCAACAAUCGGAGCUGCUUUCCUAACUCAAACGUUGUGCGCGGACGGAAAAUGCAUUAAAAACUUAAGCGAAAGAGAAUGUAUUGAUGGGAGGCUCGGAAAUUUUGUUUUUGACUGCUUUCUUUCUGACUUUGUAUUCUAUUUCCACUGUGAAAAGGAAUCGAUCUUACCAACUUGCUUUCACCACGCAAUGAUUCUACUUUCUUCUCCAGGUCUGUCUCGAUGA